CUGGACAGGUUUUGAUGACCGAUUGCGAAAAGCAAAGAGGUUUGGAGUGGAUUCUGGAUGGAAGGAGGCGAGGAAAUGAGUUUCUUCCGUGGACGGUGUGUCUUCCUAAACGUCUUCUAUUGAUAACAGGCAUAGGACAUCUGAACAAGCCACCUCGGUCAGACUCAUCAUCAAGGGAAUUGUGACUCGCAGUGAUUGAAGACCUUGCCAUGAAUGAGGAGACCAGGACUUGUGACUGACCGAGGAAGCUGACAACAACAUAAUCUCAGACGAAAGAACAAUGAUGCAUAUCCAGGGUCGGACUGACUGGUAGACUGGUGACUAUUGCCAUGGAGUUUUGCAACGGCAGCCUGCUGGCUAGGUGUGCCCCCCUGAUGGAGCCGGAUGAGGAGGAAGGGGUGGUGAUUUCACCACCACCGUCACCGCCAGGGGUUGGGUCUACUAGUCCCUUCAUGCCUGUCACCCUGCGGGUGACACUGGCCGCCAUCAUGAUCUUCAUGAUCACCAUUGGUUUCCUGGGAAACGCUAUCGUUUGUCUGAUCGUCUACCAGAAGCCCGCCAUGCGUUCCGCCAUCAACCUGCUCCUCGCCACACUGGCGUUCUCUGACAUCAUGCUCUCGCUGCUCUGCAUGCCCUUCACUGCCGUUACCAUGGUUACGGCCGACUGGCACUUCGGGGGAGGGUUCUGCCGUGCUUCCGUUAUGCUCUACUGGCUCUUCGUCCUGGAAGGCGUGUACAUCCUCCUCAUCAUCAGUGUAGACCGCUUCCUAAUCAUCGUUCAGAGGCAGGAUAAGCUGACACCGCACCGCGCCAAGCUGCUCAUUGUCGCUUCCUGGGCGCUGUCCCUCUGCGUGGCGCUACCGUCUGUGAUCGGCUGGCGGGCGGGCACGGCGGGUGUGACGGGCAUUGGGGAGGCCUGGGCGCCACAGUGCGUGCUGGGCUACAGUGAGUCGCUGUCCGACCGCAGCUACACGGUGCUGCUGGUGGUGGCUGUGUUCUUUGUGCCGUUCGGCAUCAUGCUCUACUCCUAUCUGUGCAUCCUCAACAAGGUGCGCCGCAAUGCCCUGCGCAUCCACAACCACACCUACGACCAGGCCAGCCUUCCGGCCCUCAACCAGGUCAGCAAGCUGGGUCUUACCGGCCUGCAACGGCCCCCCCAGGUCAAUGUGGACAUGAGCUUCAAGACCCGUGCCUUCACCACCAUCCUCAUCCUCUAUAUCGGCUUCUCUGUGUGCUGGCUACCCCACACCGUAGUCAGUCUGCUGGCCGUGUUCAGCCAAAGGUUCUACUUCAGCCCGGCUUUUUACCCUGUCAGUGUGGGGGCACUUUGGCUCAGCUACCUGAAGACGGUGUUUAACCCCGUCAUCUACUGCUGGAGGAUCAGGAAGUUCCGGGAGGCUUGUCUGGAAUUUAUGCCCAAGAGCUGCAGGCUGUGUCCCAGGUUGCCGGGCCGGAGCCGCAGGAGGGUGAGGCCCAGUAACAUCUAUGUGUGCAGCGAGAUCCAGUCAGCUGUGUGAGGAAUUAACGCUCCCUCUGAGAACACUUUCUGGUAGCAGUGUAAAGCAGUGUUCACCAACCCUGGUCUUGAAGAGCAAAAGGGUGCUCCACUGGUGUGAAGGACCUACUAUAGCUGCUCUAUGAUUUGUUAAGACAUCAACAUGUCAGCUGCAUAGACAGUUUGCUGCUGAAACAUUCAUGUCUUCUGAUUUUUUGGGGGGCGUCUGAGUAAGAGCAAUCAGCAGAGUACAUUCUUGUGUUUUGUCUAAAGUGCUGUGG